AUGACAAGUUAUUUCGCUGGGCCUGGGUCUGGUCCCAGCAAUGGCCACUCCACUUCGUCACCCCUGUCACCUCCAACCCAGCGUUCGAGUGCCUUGUCCACUCGCCUAACUUCCGUCCUGUCUGCUUCCUACGCCGACUCCGAUAUUCGCGACGCGUUGGAAACUUUGAGUCUUCGGGGAAUCCACAACACUGCCGAAACACGGCGUCAGCUUCGACUCGAUGUACAGAAGGAAGUGGUGGAUAGCAAUGCGGAGAUCGUCCGUGAUUUCGGCAUGGUUGCGGCGCAAUUGAAACGAAUUGGAAGCGUCAUAAUUACCCUCAAUCAAACAUGUGACGAAAUGCGCAAACAUAUCAGUCUGGCCAAGCAAGAAACUACUCCCGUCCUGGAGGAAGCUACGGCGUUGAUGGCUCAGAAGAAGGAUACCGAAACGAAGCAACGACUACUCGUUGCUUUCGAGAAGCAUUUCUUGGUUCCCGAGGAAGAUCUCAUGGUUCUGAACUCGGCCGAAGAGCCAGUAGAUGAACGGUUCUUUGAUAUUCUCGGGCGCGUCAAGCAAGUUCAUCAUGAUUGUGAGCACCUACUCGGCGGGGAAAACCAGCGAUUGGGCCUGGAAGUAAUGGAGUUGAGCACCCGCCAUCUCAAUUCCGCUUACCAGAAGCUAUACAAGUGGAUCCAAAAGGAGUUCCAAUCUUUGAACCUGGAGGACCCUCGGAUCAGUAGCUCGAUCCGCCGUGCUCUGCGGGUCCUGGCGGAGCGGCCUAGUCUAUUCCACAGUUGCCUCGAUUUCUUCGCCGAGGCGCGGGACUAUGUGCUUGCCGAUGCGUUCCAUUACGCGCUAACAGACGCCAUGUCUGGUGCUAAUGGAGCUAGUUCGGGUGAUCGCAGUGUCAAACCCAUCGAGUUUUCGGCUCAUGAUCCACUUCGGUAUAUUGGUGAUAUGCUCGCGUGGGUUCACUCUACAACCGUCUCUGAAAGGGAAGCUUUGGAAGCGCUGUUUAUUGCCGAUGGGGAGGAACUCGCUCGGGGCAUUCAGGCUGGUUUGAAUAGUGAGCCCUGGUCUCGCAUUGACGAGGACCAGGAGGUCACUUUCGAUGGCCAAAAGGCACUCAGCGAUCUAGUCAACCGAGAUCUCACUGGCGUUUCUCGUUCCCUACGGCAGAGAGUUGAGCUGGUAAUUCAAGGCCAUGACGACCCUGUUACCUGCUACAAGGUUGUCAACCUGCUAUCUUUCUAUCGAACCACCUUCAUAAAGUUGGUUGGCCCUAAAUCUCAGCUGGUGGACUUGAUGCAAAGUCUGGAGAAAUUUACACUUGGACACUUUGAGAAUUUGAUGCGAGAGGAAGUUAGCACUCUGUCAAAUGACUCACUGGCCUUGGCUCCACCUCAAGAUCUGUCGCCCCCCGAGUUCUUUUUAGAUGCAUUGGAAGCUUUGGUUUCGCUCAUGAAAACGCAUGAGGCAUCGAUCCGCCCUGAUGAGCCAUCCGACUCGGAUGGCGAAAACAAGUUUACCCCUGUCCUUCGAGCUGCUUUCGAUCCAUAUUUGACUCUGGCUCGAUCCUCAUCUGAGGAGAUCGACGAUUCUACAGCGCAGACUAUCUACCGUACCAACAUCCUUCUCGCAGCCCGCGCAACUGUCUCCCCAUUCAGCUUUGCCAGUAGCACCCACAUGACCCCACUGUCCUCGGCUAUAUCCACUCUUCGUACCAACCUGCUCGAUAUUCAGCACCAAUUCCUUCUUGACAAUUCUGGUUUGCAGGACCUGCUGGAUGCCCUAGAGCCUUUCUCCAAAUCGGGCAAAGACUCGGAGGCGGACAGUGAGAACGACGAUAAACCAGACCAGAAGCCUCACCUUGCAGACCUGACCACCCUCUCUGCUUUCCAACCUGAGGCCCUUGUUACGUCCAGCCAGCAGCUGGAUGACUUCCUUCCAUCAGCACUCAUGGAUGCAGCCGACCAUCUAAAACGUGUACAGAGUGCCUCCCUCAUUCAAAGUGUCACUGAGGAUGCCGUUGAGGCUUUUUGCCGUGAUUUCGAGUUUGUCGAGGGUAUGAUUAUCGCCGCUGAUGAGGCAAGAGGCAUGACUCAGGUUAGCUUGGGAACGGGCGAGAGUGUGAUUAGCGGACGUAGCGGGAGAUCCACUCAAAAGACCAGAGAGGACGAAGAGGAGGAUCAGUGGAGUCUGCGAUCACUAUUCCCUCGCACAACUGGGGAGAUCCGUGUUCUGCUGAGUUAA